AUGGGCCAUUAUUUGAAAACGGCUAAUCGUGAAAUCGCCGAUCCGCAUGUAUUUUGUGUAGAUGAUAAUACUGUUGAUGAAACAAUUACGUGGUGUGAUCAAUACGGUUAUCAGCAGAAACUCCGAGAUGUAUUCAAAAUAAACAAAUUAGAGUAUAAAUUAAUCCAUAUUGGUAUUGAUUAUUGUAAAACACUCAAAGAUUAUAAUUCAAAAAACAAAAAUAUUGCUGAAGCACAACGUUAUUAUUACGACGCAUUGGCAUUAGUUGAAGUUUUAGGCAGAACCAUCGAACAAUUCCGUAACGAUAUUCCAGAUUUUGAUACACCGGUUCAACCAGCCUAA